CUCGCCGCACCGAGGAUCCGCCGCCGCUCCUGGGGCGAGCGGCUGGCGGCGAAGCGCCUGCGAGGGGUACCGAAGGAUCUGGGUGCCCGGACCGAUGGAGAGAUGCCGCAGCAGCCCUUCAGACAGCACUUCGCCGAGGUGGCUGUCGGCGCCGCAGGGUUGUCCACUGCAGUCCGGAAGCUUGGCGUCAAGGUGGACACCUUCACCGCGAGGAGCCCUGGUCGGGCGAGGAGCGGCGGUUUCGACAUGUUGGCAUUGUCAGAGUUCCGCGACCUCGCCCGGCGGAUCCGCCGCCGCAGUUAUCGAUGGUUCCACUUCGCACCACCAUACCGUACGUUCGUGCGGGCUCGACGGCGUAGACUGCAUGCCCGGGUGGUCGUGUUGCGGAGCACGGAGCAGCCUUACGGCCUCGGAACGCGGCACAGCAGGCCCCGGUGCGUCACCGAGGACAACGCCUGGGCCGUCCGCACGGCGCGCUUGGCGAAGGUGCAGAUCCAGGCCGGCGGCUUCUUCUCCAUCGAGGGCCCGGAGAGGUCGUUGAUGUGGGAGUUCGAGGAGUACCGGUUGCUCGUCUUGUUGCCGGGCGUCUUCGUCGUCAAGGGGGACCAGUGCUGCUUCGGAGGCCAGUACAGGAAGGGGACGAAGUGGGUGACGAACGCCCCGUGGCUCCGACAGCUCGGCGUGCGAUGCCCGGGGCCGCCGGUGCAUCCGCCUCACCUUCCCCUGGAGGGGCUCGCGACGAGGCCGGACGGGUCGCGGUGCUGCAGGAUCGAGCUGGCCGCGGAGUACCCGCAGGACCUAUGCGAGGCAUUGGCCCGGGCAUUUGCAGCUGACCGCUCGUCGCCGCCGUCGAUUGCGACGGUUACCUUCGACGAGCACGGCGCCCGCGACCCACUGCAGGCGCCCAGCCGGAAGGCCCAGCGGGAGGCAGCCAAUAAGAUGGCGCUGGGGGGGUUGCGGGAUCCGCACCUGUCGGUGGCCCGCGUCCCUGGGUGGCCCGGCGUCGGCAGGGACAUCAGAGCAGCCUUGGCGCCCAUCAUCGCUGGCCAAGACGGGGCAGUGCUGCCGGAGGUCCGCGCGGUCAUGGAGUUGCUUGGGACGGAGCAGAACUCAGGCUUUCCGGCGGCGGUGGUGGGGCGCGCCCGCGAAGCCCUGGCGGCCCUAUGGGCCAGCCGCGCCGCGCCGAUCGGCGUCGCCCCAUCGGGCCUGCAGGCGCACCUCCUGGCGGCCAUGCUGACGGCGGCUGGGGGCCCAGACGUCGUGCUUGGGCAGUGGGCCGCCGGCGCGACCCCCAUGGGCAUCGACCAGGACAUCCCGGUCUGCGGCGUGUUCCCAGCCAUGGACAAGCCCUACAAGUACGCGGGGUUGGCGCGGACCGAGCUGGCGCCGUGGCCUGCCGCGUGGGGGUUCCACAACUACGCGUCCUAUGACGAGUACGCGGCCGAGGCCGACGCUGCGUUGAAGGCCGAGUUGGACGCUGGAUACCUGAUCUGGCGGGAGACGUUGGAGGAAUUGGAAGAGCUUGCCGGGAAAUGCCACUUGUCCAAGGUGGCUGUUCUUGCAAAGUUGAGGGCGUCCGGGAAGCUGAAGAUCCGGCUUAUCCACGAUCUCCGCCGUAGCGGGGUCAACGCCUUGGCGAGGAUCCCAGAGCGGGUAGUGUUGCCCAGGCUGUACGACGCCGUGCAGUCCCUCCGGGCGGCCGGGCGCGCCGCCCAGCGCCGCGGCCGGGUCGGCAUCCUGGUCCUGGACUUCACGGACGCUUUCAAGCAGCUCCGCGUACACCCAGGGGAGCGAAGGUACCUCUGCGGUUCCGCCCGCGUCGACGGCAAGUGGGGGUUCUUCCAGUACCUCACGGUCAUGUUUGGCCAUAUCGCCGGGCCCCUGGUGCGGGGCAGGGUUGCAGCAGCGCUGAUGCGGGCGUCUGCGGCCACAGUGCCCGCACCGGAAGCCCACUUGCAGUGCUACGUCGACGACCCACUGGUUGUCCUCGUCGGUGAGCCCGAGGAGCGAUCGAUGGCUGUCUUAACGUUGCUCCUGCUGUGGGAGGCUCUCGGUUUCCGCAUGGCGUGGACGAAGGGCAAGCACGGCGAGUCGGUCACGUGGCUCGGCGCAGAAAUGAAAUAUGCCUUCAAGGGCGACCGCAUCCACGCCGUUCUCAUCACCGUCGCGGAGGACCAGGCGGAGAAACUCCUCAGCGGGGCCCUGCGCCUCGUCGAGCAGCCGCUGAUCCAGCGCCGCGAUCUGAGGGCGUUCGCGGGGCUGGCCUCUUGGGUAGGUUCCGUCACCCCUGCCCUCCGAGGUUUCGCCCAAAUGAUCUGGGCGGCUGUGUCCGCUCCGCCGGCUGCUGGUGAGUCGGCGGCCGUCCUUCGGCGCGAAAGGGUAUCUCUGGCGCUAUCUUGGAUAAUCCAUUUUUCAGAGCGGCGGCUGGUCAGCCUUCCAAGGGCCUUCUGCGUCGACGAGCGCCCUCUGGAGUUCAUCAUCGGCUUCGACGCGAGCACCACAGGCAGCGGCGCAUGGUUCUCUCGCGAUGGUGGCAAACACUACCACGGUUUCUAUUACACCGUCUGGGACGCCACCGACGAGAUCGCCACAGGCGCCCUGAAGGAGGAUCCGGGCAGCCAGCCGCUGUGGGAGGCGUACGCCCUCCUGCUGGCCAUCACCACGUGGGCCACGUUCAUCAAAGAUGCCGAGGGCCAGCUGGGGCUCCGCGGCGACGCCUCCGGCGCCCUGCAGAGCGUCGUGCGCCGGAAGGCGAGGCAUCCGCUCGUCAAUGCCAUCGUCAUCGAGGCGCAGCUGGAGCUCGGGGUAGGCAUGAGCGACCUGACGGCCGCGCAUUACUGGUCAGAAGACAACGACGUGGCCGACGACCUCUCCAGGGUGGGCGAGGGCUCCGCGAUCCCGCAGGUGCUCCAGGGCAUUGUGCCCUCGCGGCCGGGUUGGCACAGGGGCAUCGUCGCCAGCAUGGUCGUGCUGGCGAGGGGGAGCGCGCUGUGA